AUGAAUGGCCAACCUUUGGGGCCAGUUGGCCUGAAGAAGGGACGUUCGACCUGCCCACCAUCUACAGAGGUGGACGGGAAUCCUACCACCAACCAGGCACUGAUUGAUGAAGCUUUCCCUGUGAUUAGACUGAAUUGGGACUUCAAUAUGGCUGAAGGUGAGGAGAGGCUCUGGGUCUACCGCCAGACUCUAAUGGGGGGUCUCCGGGCAGCCACAAGGCAUCCCACCAAUUUGGCCAAGAUUAGUGAGUCAGCACCCAACAUUAGGCACGAAUUGCAGAAAUUGGACAGUCUGGAAGAUAAAAUCCUGCCAGAGCUUCUGGCAGUGGCUGAGAAAGUCUACAAUCAUCGAGAGAGUCCCGAGGACAAGCAGGCCCGGGUCGCCACUGCUACCAGCGCCAAGCAGACCCGCGACUUUGCCAAGAUCCUCCUGGCUACAUCGACCAGGUCCCCAGGUGAAAGAGAAUACCAGCUGCGAUGCCUAUCUGCUGAACAAGAUUCAGUGUUAACAGAGACCCUAGGGAAAUUGUCAAACAAAAGGUCUUGAGUACAGGGAGCGACUGGCAUGAACCAAUAUUCAUGGACCACCCAAAGGAAAGUGGACUUAGGCACGGGCCGGGUGUCCCACUCCUUCCUAGUCAUGCCAGAUUGCCCCUACCCACUCUUAGGUAGAGACUUACUUACCAAAAUUGGAGCCCACAUCCAUUUUUCACCUAAUGGUGUUCAUUUAAUAGAUAAAGGAGGCCACCCCAUUCAGGUACUGACCUUGCAACUGGAAGACGAGUAUCGACUGCACCAAAAACUGGAUCCACAGCCAAUGGAGGAGAUUUCUGUUUUGCUGCAGGAAUUUCCCCUGGCCUGGGCUGAGACUGGAGGGAUGGGGCUUGCAGCCCACCGGCCACCCAUCUGGAUGGAGCUGAAAUCAGGAGCCCUUCCGGCUCAGAUGAAGCAGUAUCCCAUGUCCCAUGAAGCCAGAUCAGGGAUUACCCCACAAAUCCAGAGGCUAAGAGACCAGGGCAUCCUAGUACCCUGCAGGUCUACAUGGAAUACACCUCUCCUCCCGGUAAAGAAGCCAAACUCAAACAAUUACCGGCCAGUAUAGGAUCUGAGAGAAGUAAAUAAGCGGGUCAUGGAUAUCCAUCCCACGGUGCCUAAUCCCUAUACCCUCCUGAGACCCUUGCCGCUCUCCAGGAGCUGGUAUACUGUACUAGAUUUAAAAGACACCUUCUUUAGCCUGCUCUUAGUCAAGGACAGUCAGCUAUUCUUUACCUUCGAAUGGCAAGAUCCAGAGGUCAGUUUCAAUGGACAACUGACCUGGACUCACCUGCCUCAGGGAUUCAAGAACUCGCCCACUCUCUUUGAUGAGGCACUUCAUGAAGAUCUGGGUGAGUACAGGCUGGAACACCCCCAACUCACCCUA